UAUUGGCGUCAAACAAAUCACGGUGUGUUUGUGUCGUUUAACUCUCGAUUCUCGAUAAGGCCUAAUAUCGAGUGCAUUUCGACGCUUCUCAAACGUAAAGGGUUUGGUAGAAUAUUGUUCUAGGUGUCGAGGAGAAACGUGGUCGUUAGUUAAUUAAUUAAUUAACGCGUACCUCCACGAGGAGACCCCGGGGACCUGCGUGCUAAUCCGCAAAACGCCAUUCUGCACGAGAGCUAAUAAACAUCACUUAAAUAUGCCGAGGAGAGCGAGACGAGGACCGAGAGAACAGGAGGAAGAGGAUGGCGAAGACCUUCAGGACAGCAGUGGGCUGCAGGCGGCUCUUCAUUCACGCAAAGAGCAGAAGAGAAGGCUCCACAUCAGGAGUUCCUGUCAGAGCCUGUGCGAUCUCCUGCCGUUCGUCGAAGGACCCCUUGACACGGCGACCACCCUAGAACUCACGGCGAGAUACAUCGGCUACAUUAAAACCCACCUGCCCCCAGACCUCCUCGCCACGGUUAAUAGAACGGUAGAGCAGAACAUGAGGGGCUCAUGGCAAAAGCGAGAGAAUUCGUCAAAGAAAAGGAAGACGAGUGGUCUGAGGAAGAACACCACACAGCGGUCCAAACCAUCUGCCGAGAAGACUCCUGACAAUGCUGCCCUCUGGAGGAACGUCCAGCCCCUGAUUAGUGUGUUGGCCAACCAUCCCAACGAUCAGACCGCCGCCCCUCUUCUCUUUGCCGAUCGACCCUCUCCUCCACCCCAACCUCCUCCAACCGGCGCCGUUGUCACGCCAAUACUGCUGGACAAGUCGUCGGUGCCUCGUGGACAGAUGCUGCCUCUGUGUCAGGAGCAGUCCUUCUCCUCCUUCUCUGCCCCCACCUCCUCCUCCUCCUCCUUCUCUGCCACCUCCUCCUCCUUCUCUGCCCCCACCUUCUCCUCCUUCUCUGCCCCCACCUCCUCCUCCUCCUCCUUCUCUGCCCCCACCUCCUCCUCCUCCUCCUUCGCUGCCCCCACCUUCUCCUCCUUCUCUGCCCCCACCUCCUCCUCCUUCCAAUAUGUAGAGAACAACUGGAUGGCCCCCUCUCCGCCGGCAUUCUCUAGUCCAGCCCUCCCUAGCCCCACCUUCUCCGGCACCUCCUGCCCCAGCACUGCCCUUAACGCCAUGACGUCAUCAACAAACGCCAGCCAUAGGGGCGUCCUGCCAGGACCCACCGACACCGCCCUGGGGGGCGAGUCCGCAGCCGAUCACGUUGUGACGCUGCAGAUCAUGGACGUCGCUGCCCCCAACGUGACUGACGCAGGAUCAGGUGAGCUCGCGACGGCGACGGCGACGGCGGUGAACUUGGACGCGGUCUGGGACCAUCAGGAUCAGACCAUCGUGCUUAUCGUGCUGCCUCCCGCUAUCAGUGACGUCACAACCACUCAGGGGCAUCAUCUGCCGCAAGAGCUGUCGUCGGCGGCGGCGCUGGAGAGAGAGAACGCCACCGUGGCGGCCGCAGGGUCAGCGACGGCGUCGGGAAGGUGGGAGGCUUCGUUUGACGCCCCAGUCCAGCAGAGUGGCGUCAGUGGUAGUCCAAUCACGACGGGCGCUAAGGGCAAGGUUGGUCCCUAUUGGCUGGACCUGCUGUUUGAUGACAGCCUGUGCAUCCCGGAGGCCAUAUUUGAAAAUAAUCAGACGGUGGAGGAUCACACCAACGACCAAACACUUGCCACAUUGUAGUGUCAGCUAUCUGUUGCGUCCGGCAAGGAUAUAUAUAUUUUGAUUUGUAAUGUUAAUUUUCUAGUUGGUGACGUUAGUAUUCAGCCUUAAUGUAAAGGUAAAAAAUUAACACAGAAGCUAAGCCGAAUUGCUUUCGUUCUUCAGCAUUGUUUGUUUGCGUUUUCCAUCUCUUGUCAUUUCGGGUAACAUACAUGACUAGUUAAUUGUCAUUUACUUUUUUUUUGUUUACUUGACAAUAAAAUAUUUGUUCAACAGCACUAAUUCUUUACUUUUAUGAUGGAUGAAUU